UCAAUUCCAGAGUUAUGUUCCGGCUCUUUAUGGGUAUGCCUCUUGGGACGCCUGACGAAAACAACAACAGCCAUGUAGGAGUUAUGUUCCGGCUCUUUAUGGGUAUGCCUCUUGGGACGCCUGACGAAAACAACAACAGCCAUGUAGGAGUUAUGUUCCGGCUCUUUAUGGGUAUGCCUCUUGGGACGCCUGACGAAAACAACAACAGCCAUGUAGGGAGCAAUGACCCAUUUCACCAGCUGUUUCGCGACUUUUCGGCCAUGGCGGACACUCAGCGGGCAUUUAUGCCGGGCAGCCUGACUGAGGAAGAGCCACCGGAGAGCCGCCAACAUACCCGGGGCCAGGAUGACUUCAAUUUUCAUAUUUUUCCGGAACCGCAAGACAAGUUUCAGUGUUUUGAGGAGCAAUUCAUUCGGACUUACCGAGGAUUUGAAAUUUUGGAGUUCCCAUCCAGCGACCUGGAGUCACUGGAGCGGAUGUCACUAACUGCUGCGCCCUGUUCUCUGGCACGCGGCCUGGAGUCACUGGAGCGGCUGUCACUAACUGCUGCGCCCUGUUCUCUGGCAGGCGACCUGGAGUCACUGGAGCGGAUGUCACUAACUGCUGCGCCCUGUUCUCUGGCACGCGGCCUGGAGUCACUGGAGCGGCUGUCACUAACUGCUGCGCCCUGUUCUCUGGCAGGCGGCCUGGAGUCACUGGAGCGGCUGUCACUAACUGCUGCGCCCUGUUCUCUGGCAGGCGACCUGGAGUCACUGGAGCGGAUGUCACUAACUGCUGCGCCCUGUUCUCUGGCACGCGGCCUGGAGUCACUGGAGCGGCUGUCACUAACUGCUGCGCCCUGUUCUCUGGCAGGCGGCCUGGAGUCACUGGAGCGGCUGUCACUAACUGCUGCGCCCUGUUCUCUGGCAGGCGACCUGGAGUCACUGGAGCGGAUGUCACUAACUGCUGCGCCCUGUUCUCUGGCACGCGGCCUGGAGUCACUGGAGCGGCUGUGGCGUGACCUACCCCCCUCGCCGACCGCACCAAGCCAAUCGUUCUGGAGUCGUGUGUGGGGAUGA